AUGCUCCUCAUCAAGCCGUCGUGGCUGAGCCACAGCGGCGAGCAAAAGGACUUUGAAGUCUACAGCUGCCAUGUCUCGCCCGAUGGCAAGCGACUCGCGACCGCUGGCGGCGACGGCCAUGUCCGCAUCUGGUCUACCGAGGCCAUCUACAACUCGCGCGACCCGUCCUAUACCAAGCCGCGACAGCUCUGCCACAUGAGCCACCACCUCGGCACCAUCCACUCGGUGCGCUUUAGCCCCAAUGGCAAGUACCUGGCCAGCGGCGCCGACGACAAGCUCAUCUGCGUCUACCACCUCGACAAGGGCCCGCCACCCGCCACCUUUGGCUCCGACGAGCCGCCGCCCGUCGAGAACUGGAAGACGUACAAGCGACUGAUUGGUCACGAGAAUGACAUCCAGGACCUGGCUUGGUCGUACGACUCAUCGAUACUCGUAUCGGUCGGCCUGGAUUCCAAAGUCGUGGUCUGGUCGGGCUACACUUUCGAAAAGCUCAAAUCGCUGCCUGCGCAUCAGUCGCAUGUCAAGGGAAUUACCUUUGACCCUGCCAACAAGUUCUUUGCGACCGCCAGUGACGAUCGAACUAUAAAAAUCUUUCGCUUCACGUCUCCGGGCCCUCACUCGACCCAGCACGACAUGAUCAACAACUUUGUCCUCGAAACCUCAAUCAGCUCUCCUUUCAAGAGCUCGCCGCUUACAACGUAUUUCCGUCGCUGCUCAUGGUCCCCCGACGGCAACCACAUCGCCGCUGCCAAUGCCGUCAACGGGCCUGUCAGCUCUGUCGCAAUCAUCGAGCGCACACGAUGGGACAGCGAAAUCAAUCUGAUCGGCCAUGAAGCGCCAACAGAAGUAUGUCUGUUCUCUCCCCGAUUGUUCCAUACUUCGAAACCCGGUGCUGGGGAUGCGAAUGGCGACCAGUCGUCGCAGCUCGUCACCGUAAUCGCAUCCGCCGGGCAGGACAAAACACUCAGCAUCUGGAACACCAACACUUCUCGGCCUGUCAUCAUCUUGCAAGAUCUUGCUGGAAAGUCCAUCUCAGACUUGGCGUGGACACCCGAUGGCGAGACUUUAUACGCAGCCAGUUUGGAUGGUAGCAUUGUCAUUGCUCGAUUCGAACCUGGCGAACUCGGCUGGGUUGCUAGAGAGGAGGAGAAUGACCGGGCGCUACAAAAAUAUGGCGUCUCGCGGAAAGGUAUGGGAAUUGCAGAAGAUGUUGAUGGCCUGAUGCUCGAGGACCAGAGCAGAGCCGGCGAAUCAAAAGCUUUGCAGUCGCGAAUGGGCGCAUUGAUGGGAGAUGCGCAUGAUGGUGUGAGCAAGGCAUCCCCAGCCACCAAUGGUACACAAACCGGCGACUCUACACCUAAACCCGCCGCCAACGGCGACUCGGCCGAGAAACCCGAGGAAGACAAAACCGCAGAGCGAGUCAAGGAGCUCAAAUCUCGAGUCACGGUCGGAAAAGACGGCAAAAAGCGUGUUGCUCCUCUUCUAGUAUCAUCAUCAGGCACCGGCCAAUCCUCUUUGCCCCAGACGCAGCUGAUCGGUUCUACGUCAACGGCGAAAACAUCACAAAACGAUGCUCCCCUCACAGUCCUCGAUCUUAGCAAACCUUUUGAAGGGCUGCCCAAAGGGGGUAUCGCAUCCAUGCUGCUAGGCAAUAAGCGCAAGAGCGUGGUGGCUGAGGCGGAAGAAUCUGAAGAGCCUCUUGCCAAGCGACCAACUGGCGGCCCAACAGCCAUCAUGACUAACGGUGCGGAUGGCGUUGAGCCGGCAGCGCUUGCUAACAUAGAGAAUGGCGUUCUCCCUACACCGGAGUUCUUGCGACCUGCUGUCCUGAACCCGGCGAUAUCUGCUGCGGCGGUGAGGCUUGCCGUGCCUCGAGUGCGAUCGCACAUUCUGCGGCCUCUUCAGAAAGGGAUCCUUGGCACUGAGGAGUCGACCUCCAAGUCGACUGAGAAUAUCAUACUGGAAGCCAAAAACGAUGCGAACCCUCGCGAUCCUUCCCAAGUUGUUGUUUCGAAACGCGGCGUUGUCGUCUGGCACGAGUUCUUGCCACGUGCUGUUAUUCUAGUGACUGCAAACAAAAACUUCUGGGCUGCUGCCUGUGAAGACGGCUCUAUCCAUAUAUGGUCGCCUGCUGGGCGUCGACUCUUGAACCCUAUGGUCCUCGAAUCACAACCCGUCAUUCUCGAGUGCCGCGAUCAUUGGUUGUUAUGCAUCACGGCGGUGGGCAUGGCCCACGUUUGGGAUAUCAAGACACAAUCUUCACCACACCCUCCCGUGUCACUUGGACCGAUCCUCGAUGUGGCGACAUCAUCAUUUGACCAACACAGCGCCUCGUUCGGUCCCGGAGUCACGUCGGCCCAUCUCAACACGACGGGCCAUGUUGUCGUAACUCUGACCAACGGUGAUGGAUACUACUACGCUCGCGAUAUGUACACGUGGCAACGACUAAGCGAGGCAUGGUGGGCUGUUGGGUCGCAAUACUGGAAUUCGAAUGACUCAUCCAUUUCCGCUCUGCAGUCUACAGCAGUGGGAUCAAAGUCGAGAACGAGGUCAACAAGGAGGAAGAGCAGAAGAAAGCAGGAGGAGGAGGAGCCAGAAGAGCCAGUGGUGGACGUCUCGUCUGGCAUUAUUCCUUUCCUGGAGCGUCAUACCACCAACGAGUUCCUGCUUAAAGGCCGAGCAUAUGCUCUACAACGCAUUAUCAAAACAGUCAUUCAACGCAAGGAGGCGGAAGAUUUGGAGAGUGUGGUUAGCAUUGCGCAUCUGGAGAAUCGCAUCGCGGGUGCAAUGCAACUAGGAGCUCGUGACGAGUUUCGAUUAUAUCUGUUCAUGUAUGCCAAGCGACUGGGAGCCGAGGGCGCACACGGUAAAGUCGAAGAGUUGUUGAACACUAUCAUAGGCGGUAUUCUCCAAGGUAGUGACGCGGAGACGGAGGGCGGGAAGGGCUGGUUCAGCAAAUCGGACGAGCUGUGUGGCUGGGAUCGAAAGGAGCUGCUGAAAGGGGUGGUUCUGAUACUCGGCAAAUUCCGCGAGCUGCAGCGACUGACCGGCCAGUAUGCCAGGCUGCUGGAUCUCGAUUUGGGUAACAGUACUGGAGGAGAUGUCGAUUCCAUGGAAAUCGAAAAUUAG